CAGCUAGCCAGCGGCAACAGCGACAGCAAAUCCUCGCCAGACACCACUCAAUAUGAAGCUGCUCUUCUACAGUUGCCUACUGCUGCUGCUGGCUGCCGCCGCGGUUCAGGCCAGCGUUAUACCUGCCAGCACUGGCGUAGCCAUUCCGGCACCGGCGCUGCUGCCCGUGGCUGGGAGUCAUCAGUUCGUGGCGCGCAACUACAAUGGCUACUAUGUGCCAACGACGACGGCCACAGCCUGGCCAGCUUGGACGUCCUAUCCGAGUACCUACUAUAAGUACAGCGGCGGCUAUCCCACCUACACCUAUCCCAGCUACAGCUAUCCGUAUGGCUACUAUCCCAGCUAUGCCAGCUAUCCCAGUUAUGGCUACGGUUACAAGAGCGUCUGGUAAGGGCUGACAGAUGGGAAGGGUACAUGCAUAUCUACUUAUGUGAUAAUCGACAACUUGACCAAAUUAUAUAUGCUAAUUCAUAGACUAUCUUAAAGGAAUUAUA